AUAGCUGGUCUAUUAAAUGCAAUUCUUGGAACUGUAGUGGAAUAUUGGAUCAUCUCAAGUCUGCUUAUGGACAAAAAUGUGUUUCAUCAAGUAGCUGAUGAUUUGGCACAGUACAUCGCCAUUUCAUGUGAUGAUUUUUCAAUAUGUGAAUUAAAAAUGUUCAUUUGUUCCAUACCAUCCCUCUGGCUUCAAAUGUUUGUCGCAGAAGCAGUUUUUAAAAACAUGUGUUUAAAGAGGAGCAUAACUGUUUCUACAGAACCUCUUUCUCUUCAGAAAAUAGUCUGUUCCUAUUUGCCUGCUUUGCAAGAGGUAGGGAUGCAUGAGACAAGAAAGAUAAGCAAAGCAAAGAAAAAGAAAAUAGGGCAACGGCCAUGCCCUGAGUCUCAAAGGGCAUUACAGAUGCUAAAUGGCGAUAAGCAGAACCAAGUCAAAGUGCUGCCUGAUCUACCUGACUUAAUCUUUAGUAAGCGCCCUCCAUUGACAAAGAAGCGUAGAGCAAAAGCAGAAGUUGAGGCGUCAUACACCAAAGAGAAUUGCUACCUUUUGGCUGAAGAGGUACAUUUUUACAGGAGAAAUACUAAAGGAGAGACAGCCCUGCAUAGAGCUUGCAUAAGUAACAAAGUGGAGAGAUUGAUUCAGCUUCUCUCUUCCCCUGGAACAGACAUUAAUGCUAAAGACUAUGCUGGCUGGACGCCUUUGCAUGAAGCCUGUAACCAUGGCAGCACAGUGUGUGUCCGCGAAAUUUUGCAACGCUGUCCAGAGGUAGACCUGCUCAGUCAAGUGGACGGGGUGACUCCUUUGCAUGAUGCACUGUCAAAUGGACAUGUAGAAAUUGGCAAGCUGCUACUUCAGCAUGGGGGACCAGUCCUUCUACAGCAGAGGGACUCCAAUGGAAAAUUGCCACUGGAUUAUCUUGAGUCGGUACAAGUGAAGCAAGAACUUUUGAAUGUUGUUCAUCCAGAUGAGAACAUUGAAAGCUUCUAUGAACACACAGAAAAAGAUUUUAGCAGUCAGCAGAGAGAACUGUGGUUGAUUUUAUUUAAUAAGAUGCUACUGAAUUUUUGUUCAGUUUAUAAUCUUUCUUCACCCUUUACUCUAACUCUCAGAGAGGUAGCUUGUUCAAAUGUACUUCCAGUAAUGGCUCGUGAUAACUGUAAGAUGAAAAAUACGUUUUCUGCAGAUUGGUUAGUAGAUAGAUAUUGUAGAGAGCUAGAAACUUUUCAAAAGCUACCACAGUUUCUUCAGGAAAUAUCUGCAAACAUGGGGUUUUUUGCUGGAGAACAGCUGAAGGCUUUAUUAGCAACUCUGGAAACUAUGCUAGAAGCGUAUCAGCUCUUUACUUAA